GAGGGGCGCGCGGCCGCGAGCGGGCGAGCGAGGGAGGGAAGGGAAGAACCGAGCGAAGAGGGCGUGCGGCCGCGGGGUCCCGAAGCCAGGCGGCAGCGGCAGCGGCCGGAGGGCGCCAGGGCCGUCGGUGGGCAGAGGAGAAGCGUGCACCGGGCGGCCGGCGCUGGCUCCCGCGGGCGGGAGACCGGAGCGGAGGAGGGGGUCGCUGCGGCGCGGCAGUCCGCGCAGCUCCCGGGUCGGGGGGUCUCCUCCCGGCGCCUCGGUCGCCCGCGGGGCCCCGCUCCCCGCCCCCCGCGGUAUGUCUUGAUCUCGAGCGGCGGGUUUCAUGGGGCUCCUCAGGAUUAUGAUGCCGCCCAAGUUGCAGCUGCUGGCGGUGGUGGCCUUCGCGGUGGCGAUGCUCUUCUUGGAGAACCAGAUCCAGAAGCUGGAGGAGUCCCGGGCCAAGCUAGAAAGGGCGAUUGCAAGACAUGAAGUCCGGGAAAUUGAGCAGCGGCAUACAAUGGAUGGCCCUCGGCAAGAUGUGGCUGUAGAUGAAGAAGAAGAUAUAGUCAUCAUUUAUAACAGAGUUCCCAAAACUGCCAGCACCUCCUUUACCAAUAUCGCCUAUGACUUGUGUGCAAAGAAUAGAUACCACGUUCUUCACAUCAACACUACCAAAAAUAAUCCAGUAAUGUCAUUGCAAGAUCAGGUACGCUUUGUAAAGAAUAUAACCACCUGGAAUGAGAUGAAACCAGGGUUUUAUCAUGGACACAUUUCUUACCUGGAUUUUGCAAAAUUUGGUGUGAAGAAGAAGCCAAUUUAUAUUAAUGUCAUCAGGGACCCUAUCGAGAGGCUGGUUUCCUACUAUUACUUUCUGAGGUUUGGAGAUGAUUACAGACCAGGAUUAAGGAGACGGAAACAAGGAGACAAAAAGACCUUCGAUGAAUGUGUGGCCGAGGGCGGCUCAGACUGUGCUCCAGAGAAGCUCUGGCUGCAGAUCCCAUUCUUCUGUGGCCACAGCUCAGAAUGCUGGAACGUGGGAAGCAGAUGGGCUAUGGAUCAAGCUAAGUAUAACCUCGUUAACGAAUACUUCCUGGUGGGAGUUACUGAAGAGCUGGAAGACUUCAUCAUGUUACUGGAGGCAGCUUUGCCCCGGUUUUUCCGGGGUGCUACAGAUCUCUAUCGUACAGUAGGAAAGAAAUCCCACCUUAGGAAAACCACAGAGAAGAAACUGCCCACCAAGCAAACCAUCGCAAAGCUGCAGCAGUCUGACAUUUGGAAAAUGGAAAAUGAGUUCUACGAGUUUGCACUGGAGCAGUUCCAGUUCAUCAGAGCCCACGCUGUCCGUGAGAAAGACGGAGACCUCUACAUCCUGGCACAGAACUUUUUCUAUGAAAAGAUUUACCCCAAGUCGAACUGAGCGCAAGUGUGGCCAAAGCAGUCUGUUGUCACCUUUGUCCUCAGUUUCCCACCUGCUUUGCUGAUAGUGUCUGAGCCCGUUCUCGUGGGGCCGAGUUAGGGAACAGACUGGAAUGUCAAGAAACUAGAUGCUAAACGGGAUGUCAGUGUUCUUAGGCGUUUUUAAGUGUAAUGAAUUGUUACUUCUUUUGUUAUUUUGACAUGUUACCUAAAAUACACACAGGCAGGUUUCGUCAAAAGCCUGAGUGCCAUCUCAGAAGAGGCUCUGUGCUUCUCUUGCUUUUGAUAAAGCACUUCUUUUCACCUCUCUUGGAUGCAGAUGAGUCUGCUUGGCACUUCACCUUCUGGAGGCCUGUGUUGUACACCCCGACUGGAUAGUGCUAAUAACUAUUUGUCAGUGUCUGAUUUGUUUAUGUGAAUCAUGUCUCACAGAGUUUAUUGGAAUGUUUGAUCAUGCUUUCUCAGAACUAUUUCUGCUGUAGUUGGGUUUGUCCAUAUUUAUGUAGGCUUUAUUUUAGUUUUUGGAUGAUCAUUAGUGUCAAAGAAAUCAACUGAAAACCAUGAAUAAUACUAUAAAAAGACAAAACGGUUCAAGCAGUAUUCCUGAUUCCUGUCUCCCCAGUAUCUAAUAUUGGGGUGGUAUUUCUAAGAAUGUUGACAACAUUAUCUGAGGCUUUCCUAAGGGUUUCCACGCAUUCAUAUCAGAAAAGUGAGUUUAGUAUUUGUUUCUCUGUGGCUUCUCCGUAACCCAGUACACUGAGGUACCGGUAACUGCAUAUGCCAACUCCAUCAGUGAGCUGUGAUACGGGUAGGAUUUUCCUACCUCUGUACUUUACCUGUAGACUAUUUUUACUACGGUGCUUUAUAAUGUGUUUUAAAGCAUUGCAUUUACAAAAGAGAAAUGCUGUAAAUAUUGCAUAUUUUAUGUAUUUGGACCAAAAAGUUACAAGUAAGUAGACAAAAGUGGUUUUGCACCAAUUUUAUUAUGUCGAGUAAAGUCAUCCGACCUAUA